UGCUUUCAUUUAUCCUGAGCGUUCUUGUUGAGUUAACUAUACAAAUUUUUAAUCAUAUAAAUGUGGUGGUAUUCUAGCCUCCUGUUCCUGAUUAUGCUUGUCUCUCAGCUGAUUUCACGUGCCUCUGGCUCCUGGCACUGCGUGCCCAUAAAUACCACAGCUGGGGCUGCAGGAAUCCCAGCCCAUACCUGUUAAAAAGUGCAGCCUGUAGUCUCGAGUUUAUUUUACUUAUCUUUUGUGCCUUGUGUGGUGUUUUCCCAAGGCGGAAUGAGAACCAGCAGUCGGAACAUUUUUUUUCUGAGUCAGCAGCGCCAUUGGCCACUGGCUCUAACACCAUGAAUGCCUGCUCUCCUUUCUUUCUCCAUUUCUCUGUGGAAUCAUAUGGUCACCAUCCAUCCAUGCUCGGGAUAUUACAAUAGGCAAGAUUAUAAGGCUUUAUCCAAAGACCACUUGGUGUAAAUCUUUAAUAACUCACAUGAAAGGACUGGUCUUGGUGAGAGGAGAAGCCAAGCUGUGGUUUGAGGCCUUGAACGUCUCUGGAUAUGGCUCUGGUUCUUGUGUUCAUGGUUUCCAGUGACUGCUCAACGGUCGAGUCCUAAUCAGACAGACAGACACAUGGUAAUCCUCUAGCCUUUUACUCAGAAUACGGUAACAGACCAACACCCUUGUCAUAGUCAAGAAAAACUUUGAAGGUGUAGAGUUUCAUAGCCUUACUUGGACCUUCCAGAUGAGAACCUGCGUGUUAGGACUGGAGGGAGACGAUGGGUAAGGGCACUUGCCACAAACGCAUGAGGACCCGGACAUUGUCUCCAGCCCUCACAUAUACAGCUGUGUGUGGUCAUGUCCAGUCACGCAAUUUCGGUAUGAAGGGAGGUAGAGAUAAGAUACCCGGGCUUGCUAGCCAGCCAGCCUUGAUAUAGAUUGAGUAAGAACCUCUAUCUCAAAGAAGUAAACAGUGGUGAAUCGAAACAUUGGAAGUCCUCAUCUAGCCUCCACACAUGCACACACAUGCACACACACACAUGCACACACACACACACACACACACACACACUUGCAUACACACAGGGGUGCACACUCAUACACGGACUUGAACACAAGUUCAUGUUGAAGGAUUCUUUGGCUAUCCAUACAUAUAUUAACAUUUGAGAAACAUUGCUCCAGAAUGUCAUCAGACACCCUCUUUGGAUAUAGAAAUCACUGUAGAUCGUAACUAGGAGUUAGUAGAUAAAGGCAAGAAGAGAAAACAAGGAGUCUUGGGAAGCAGGAGGACUGUACUCCCCAAGCAUGAACUGGUUGAAAUUUCCUUCUUCCAAGCUGACUUUGAACUCAAUACGCACAAAGGAACAUCAAAGGCAGAGAUGGGUCCUGUUAGAAAUCUGUCUCUGUUAUUUUUCUAUUUCUUUUGUUGUGUUAUUUGUACCAUAAAUUUUUCCACACCUUCCUAGUGGCUUUGUUUGUUUUAUCAUUUAAAAAGGAAAGCCCUUUGCCUUGUCGUUUUCCAGAAGUACUUUGAGGAUAAUAUUCCCCUCCACUCUCCUCAAGAUCUUCUAAACCCAACCUAAUUCUUCACAGCAUUCAGGAGCCAUGUAUCUUACUUAUACAAAAACAAAAGGGUAGAAACCUAUUUCAGAUUUAAAAAACAUUAUCUUGGCUUUGCGACAGAUUAAACGUAAAGCCAUUAGGAGUCAUUGAGAUUCUAAAACUGCUUGAGGAAGAAAGACCCCAGACAAAUACAACCUGGGCUUCUUAUAAGUUUGUCUGGGGAGAUGGGACAGUGGGCAGCCUGGAGACACAUGCUCAGUUAAGGGCAUAGAUCCCAAAGCUGCACAACUCACGAACAUCGAAUGCACCUGUUAGUCACUGCAGACACACAGCAGUUCCCCGUGAAGAGGAUCUAGACAGAAGAGACAGCAGUAGAUAACACACAAUGAUCACACAGGCUGAACAUCUAUGCAUGGUUCAAGGGUGUUACACGUAGGAAGGAUGUUUAGCCUACUGACCCACUUCCGUCUACACACACUGUCCUUGCCUAUCCAAUGAGCACAACGGCCAUUUUCCACUUGAUGCAGGCUUCUACAUUUCGAUCCCUUACUUUUUCCCCUAUGGGCCACACCCCAAUAAUAUCUGUUCAUUGCUCUGUCUUUGUUUUUUUGGACUUCUGUACUCUCGUGAAAAAGGAUGAACUUGCCAAGGGACCAAUUUUAAGGAUAAACAGGUUAGGCUUUUUAGCUUUCUAGAUAGAUCAUUUUAAAAAUAUAGUCAAAAUUUGAACCUAAAUUGGCGACAUUGUUUCUUUGUUAUUUUGUCGUUGUCUCAACACUGGCCUCAAAAGUGUGAUUCCCUUGCCUCAGCUUCCCAAAUGCCAAGAUGACAGAUGUGAACCCCACACCCAGCCAAGGAUAACGUCUUAAGCUUUUAAAAUAAUAACAUUAAAUUUUACAGCACAUUUCUGUCUUUAAGCUGUUUUAAAUUCUUAAAAGAUCACUCUGUGAUGGUUAAGGUGUUUACUGUUCUCUCACCCACUUGCAGAUAAGACGUUAAGUCAAGGGUCAGACUUAAUGGUGAGCACAGUCUGAAAGCCAGCUUUUGUAACCCUUAGAUAAGUGACCCCAGAGGCACUUUACAGCGAUCUCCUUGUUGUACUUCCUGGUUUGGUCUUGGUUUUUUUGUUCGUUCGUUUGUUUGUUUGUCUGUUUUUAGUAGAGACUCAAAUAUAAAAUUAUGACAAGUGUCUUCUCCCACCACUUACGGGUUUUCAGAAUCAAAUAUCCUGAAAAGGCUACAGUCAUGGAGGGCCUGGGUCUCAGGCCUGAGAGCUGGUCCUGGUUGGAAGAGAAGGCCAUUGUGGCAGCAGCAGUGGGGAAGAGACAGGGAGGAAGUACAAGUCUUCUUGCUGCUUUAGCUUCCGCCCUUACUCUAGUGUAGGCUCAUUUGCUGUUGAACAUGUGUCCUAGACAGUAAACUUAGCAUUUCCUAAGAUACCUACAAGUCGUGAGGGGGCUGUCAAGUGCUAGAACCCUGCUAUCCCCUUCUAUCAGGAUCUUAGCAGCAGAGUCCGGCUGUUCCCAGUUCCUGAGACAGGACCCAGUGAUCCAGGGGGCAGUGUAGCUCUCCCUUUCUGAUGUAUGACUGCAGACUGGAUACAUGAGAAGAGCGUAGGUGCCUGUUAUGAAAUCAAACUCCAAAUCUGUCAGCUGAACCCCUCCUACUUCCCGAUCCUCCUCUCACCCAACCGCUCUCCUCUCUGUCCAUGUGACAAUGGACAUCCACGCUGCCUUGUAUGGUCGGUCUCUAGCGGACUCCUUUCCUUACUUACUGGCAUUGUUCCUUGAGAUUAGCUAAGGCCAGAGUUAUUACAUUUCUAUUUCUCUUGAAGGACACUGUAAAUUGUUUGAGCUUCUUCUACUUGGGCUGCAUUAAACAAAGCUAAAAGACCUGUGUUUCCAUCCUUGUUCAUUCGAGAUUGCAUUUGAAUUGCAGUUGUGAAAACAGAGAGGCCAAAGGGGUGGGGGCAGGGGUCAGAGGGAGUAUAUUUGAGUUGAAUUGAUGAAGAAAACCGUGUGAAUGAUGACAUAGAAGAUAACGAAUGAUGGAGAACAAUAAGAGCUUAAACUUCUUUCAGAAUCACCUCAGUGAGAUCUUCACUAAGGUGAAAGAUCUGCUAAUGGAAUCCAUAGAAAAGAAAAGAAAAUGGCUACCAAUGUGUUUCUAAGUUUGCAUAGUAAAAAGAUAUUCUUUAGAAUAUUAGAUAUGUUCAAAUGGUUGAUUUCUAUUUUUAAAAUUAUAUGUAAUGUAAUAUACAAUAGAGCACAGAGUCUACACAAUAUUCUCACAACCCUUAGAACAUGAACUGCUAGUUCUUCGAUUUAAUUCAAGGAUCAAAUAAGUAUAUUUACUACUGGGGUUAUCGAUUUCUUUCCUUAACGUAAGCUGCAACCAUACAGCAGUUUUAAAAAUCAAAUUCAAUUCCCUUUGGAAUAAGCUCUUUUUUGCUUCCUCCUUCCUCCUUCCUUCUAUGUUUUUUUCUUUGCCUGUAUAUGUAUAUGUGUGCACACGUGUGUAUAUGUGUGCAUGCAUGUGUGUAUAUGUGUGUAUGUGUGCAUGCAUAUGUAUAUAUGUGUGUAGAUGUGUGAGUACAUGUGUAUAUAUGUGUGCGUUCAUGUGUGUAGAUGUGUAGGUCAUAUGUGUAUAUGUGUGCAUACAUGUGUGGAGGUGUGUGCAUGUGUGUAUGUGUAUGCAUGCAUGUGUGUAGAUGUGUAAAUACCUAUGCAUGUGCAGGUCAGAAGUCCAUAUCAGAUGUCUUCCUCUAUUCCUUUUCUACCUUGUGUUUUGGUUUGAUUUUGGUUUUGGUUUUGAGAGGGGCUUUCUCACUAAGCCUGUAGCUCACCUUACUGACUAGAUUGGUUGGCCCGAGGUCUGCCCGCCUCUGCUCCAGCUGAGGUUACACAUGCAGGCUUCCAUAGGCAGCUUUUCCAUGGGCAGUGGAGAGCCAUGCAUCCUUGUCUUUACCCAGAAGGACUUUACCCACCGAGCCAGUCUCCCGGUGCUGGAAGAGUCUGGCUGAAUUUUCAGAGUUCACAUCGCACUUCACACACACACACACACACACUCACACACACACACACACACACACACACACAGAAUCCUGUUUCUCUUUUACUGGAAUAGAAGACUAUCUCAGAGCUAGUGCAUGUUGAAACCUUCUGACCAUAGCACAUUAAUUCCUGAUAGCAACGUUUGUAAGAAUUCCCCAACAUAUGAGGCUUCGCUUCACGGGUCUCGCGAGUACAGGACACCUCAUGUGUCUUCCCAAGCCAGGUGGCCCAGACUUCCGGCUCCCAUUAUAUCUCAAAGUGAAUGACGGUCACGGAGUGAAGGAAAUCACAAGUCAUAGGCACGUUCUCCUAAGGGACAUCUCGGCCUGAGAUUGGUUACAAAAUGUGACAAAGCCACCUUUCAGAGGAACGCUGUGGCUUCGAGCUUUUAGUCUGUAAGAGCAAACACCUCAUCAGUCCGGACCUGGUCUCCUGGGCUGCUCUUGAGCCAAAAGUCUCCUGAGCCAAGCUUUCUCGCAAGAUUUCCUGUACUUCCUGUCUCUGUGUGAGCCAAAAAUACCCUGAGAAUGACCUUUCUUGUGGUAUUCUUGCACUUCUGCUCUGGGAUGAACAUAAUCCCAUACUGGGGGAAUUUUUUUUUUAAUUAAGAAAACAUUCUCAACACAUAGACCUUCAAAUGAAGUAGGUCCCCUUUAGGGAUGAAAAUUAGAAGUGAUGUUUGUUUGGCCUUAGCUCAUCUCAUUCAUUCAUAUUCAAGAACCCAACGUUCUGUAACGUCUCUGGGAUGUUUUUACAAGGAAAUGUUUGGAACAGUAUAGGAGAUACAGUAGAAAUGUAUAUUCCUGUCUUUUAAAAAAAUCAUCUUGUAGAAACCUACAAGGAAGGUCUGUGUUCUUAAUCCAUUAGCAUCUGAGAUAUAUCAUAUCAUAUAUUUGUUUUCUUUGUUCUUAACCCCUUUGUUUCAAGGGUCAGGAUAUCCUGAUGCUAAGUACUCUUGCAAAAUAACCAAGCAAAAAUAAAAAUAGUCAAACACUUAGGAAACCCUUCAGUUCCUAAGUCAGGGAAGUUUGCGACUGAGGAGUGAGUUUAAGACAUUAUUCAGGAAGUAUGGUGUGGGGUGCGACAGCCAUCGAGAUGUGCUUUGGAAGGGCUGUCAAACUGCAGACACAUCCAAUUGCUUUAUAAAUCCUUUUAUCUCAACAGAGGGAGUUAAAGAAAGACAUCUUUCAGAUAUAGUGCAUCACCGACUUUUGCCUAUUGGGUUGUAUGAAUAUGUAGUUGUUAUGAAAAAAAGCUGCAAUAUUUUAAUAAUAAAAUUCUCAAAAUAGUCAUUCAUAGAUAGAUGAUAGAUAGAUAGAUGGAUGGAUAGAGGUAUUGACCUUUUUUUCAUCUACUAGAAAAGCAAGUUCACAGUAUACUUUUUCAUCCAUAAGAAAAGAGAGGGAAAAAAUUACUUAAUUCAUUAUGGAAAACCAGACUUAUUAACCGUAGCUUUAGAAGAACACCAACAACAAAUAGUUGAGGUGAGCUCUACUGCUUUCAACUUCAAAAACAGAAUAAAGCGAGGAGGGUGUCCCUGUGAGGAUAAAACAGCCUGCAAUGGUCUUUCUCCUUGCCCCCAAAUCUCCUCCAUGCUCCCCUAAAGAAACAUCAAAGGACCGUGUGAUCAACCAGCCGUAGGAAUGGAGAGCAGGAGCUUGUACAUCAGCAAAACUAAAGAGCCAAGCAAAACAAAGGCCUUUGCAGCACAGAGACACUGAGCUCGGAGGAAGGCAGGGUUGUUACAACGUCUUUCAAGAAAAACCCGGCCUUUCUAAGUGAACUGCAAGUUCAAAUUGUUCCUACAAACCCAAUUUGCUGGCAAAAACGCCACGCAUAAUACCACCCCACUUUCGUUUAUGUCCAGGGCCUUUCACAUAAGCGACAGGGGGCAUUUCUGUUGCUGUGUUGGCUCUGACUUCCAGGGUCAGCGCCUUCAUCUCUGAACCUCAGGAAACAAGAGGCCUGGCUCACAGUUGUCCUCAAUUCUCCACUCCGGGGUGGGGACACAGUAGUCAGUGGCCCAGAUAUUAAGCCCACAGUGUGGUCUCUUUGAAAAGAAUCAUCCACGCUUUCUUUUUCAGGCCAUUUAUGCCCCCCCUACCAACACCCUUUAAAAUGAUGGCUACCCUUUGAAAAUGGGUUUUUAACCAUCCCGAGCCACGUGUCCAAGCUAAACAGACACCCUGUGCAUAUGCAUAAGGACUUUGACACUUCCCGAAUCCACUUCUUUCCAGUCAGCUUUGGAAUGUGAUUCAAUGUUAUUUCCUUCCAACUUGAAGGGCAGCUGAGGUUACAAAGGGAUUUGACUAAUGGACCAAAACCCGGUUAGUUUGCAGAGAACUUUGACAGUAAAGUGGGUGGGAUCUGGAAGGAGGAAGGAGAGUGUUUGAACUGUGGUCCUUAGGAUCAAGCCACCCCCAUUCUGUGCAGUCCUGUGGGCCGACAAGGCAGGCCCCCAACCGGGCCCUCCAGAGAGACGCAGCUGGAGACGAACUCCAGAGCUCGACUUCCCGGUUUUGCUGAAAACUCCUUGGGAUUUGAAGGACCAGAGUCUGGGAAGCUUCUAGGCGUCCUGUUGACCCCUCACCUGACAUUUCCAGAUAGAUAACUAGCCUGUGAAGGACCCCCCUCAGACAGUCACGCAAAGCGGAGCCCCAAGUCUUUGCCUGAAGUCUUUCAAGGCUAAGCCACUUGACAAACUUGACAAGCAGAAAAGAAAGAAAGAAAGAAAGAAAGAAAGAAAGAAAGAAAGAAAGAAAGAAAGAAAGAAAGAAAGAAAGAAAGAAAGAAAGAAAGAAAGAAAGAAAGCUCGCAGCAAACAAAACAAGAGGAAGAGGAGGGAAGGCGAAGGCUCAAGCCUCCUCGAUGGCUUUCCCACUCCCGCUGUCGUCCCAGCUGUAGCCUGGGAUUAAUUAAGUGCUGUGAAUUCAGUGCCUGAGAGAGAAGAGGAAAAUGCACUGUAUCUCUAAGGAAGGAAGGAGUCCAGAGACGGUUUCUCAGCAGUGAGGAACCUUAGGCGUUGCAGCGUCUCGUCUCGUCGCCAGUGUUUUGUGCAGGGGCUGGGAAAGCCAGAGAGGCUGUGCCAGGCUGGAGGAGGCUUGUCUUUCCAAGGCUGGAGAGGAUUUCACGCGGGUUUGCCUGCAGCUGCCCGGGAAGAAAUUCCCCUCUGGUGGCAGCAGCAGCAGCAGCAGCAGCAGCAGCAGCAGCAGCAGCAGCAGCAGCAGCAGCAGCAGCGACGGCGGCAGCCCUACCUCCUCUUCUGGGGAACAGGGCAGAAUGCCUGUGCUAGAGCGCUACUUCCACUCUGCAGAACUAGGCAGACGGUGGACGGCCCCAGAAGCUGUGCUGCCCUCUUCCCUCGGCAGCAGGCCGGGGUGCCAGCAGGGGCCGCUACCCUGGGACUUGCCAGAGAUGAUCAGGAUGGUAAAGCUGGUUUGGAAGUCCAAAAGUGAGCUACAGGCAACCAAACCGAGAGGCAUUCUGGAAAAUGAAGAUGCUUUCCACGGCUUCCCAGGAGAUGUACGACUAAGGGGUCAGACGGGGGUUCCUGCCGAACGCCGCGGCUCCUACCCGUUCAUUGACUUCCGUCUACUUAACAAUACAACACACUCAGGGGAAAUUGGCAGCAAGAAAAAGGUGAGGAGACUGUUAAGUUUCCAAAGGCACUUCCAUGAAUCUAGGCUGCUCCGGGGGAUGACACCGCAGGCCCCCCUCCACCUGCUGGACGAAGACUACCUUGGACAAGCAAGGCAUAUGCUCUCCAAAGUUGGAAUGUGGGACUUUGACAUUUUCUUGUUUGAUCGCUUGACAAAUGGGAACAGUCUGGUAACUCUGUUGUGUCACCUCUUCAACUCCCAUGGACUCAUCCACCAUUUCAAGCUUGACAUGGUGACCUUACACAGGUUUUUGGUUAUGGUUCAGGAAGAUUACCACGGCCACAACCCGUACCACAAUGCUGUUCAUGCAGCUGACGUCACCCAGGCCAUGCACUGUUACUUGAAGGAGCCAAAGUUGGCGAGCUUCCUCACACCUCUGGACAUCAUGCUUGGACUAUUGGCUGCAGCAGCUCAUGACGUGGACCACCCAGGGGUGAACCAGCCAUUUUUGAUCAAAACUAACCACCACCUUGCCAACUUGUAUCAGAACAUGUCCGUACUGGAGAAUCACCACUGGCGGUCUACAAUCGGCAUGCUUCGGGAAUCAAGGCUCCUUGCUCAUUUGCCAAAGGAAAUGACACAGGAUAUCGAACAGCAGCUGGGCUCCCUGAUCUUGGCCACGGACAUCAACAGACAGAAUGAGUUCCUGACCCGCUUAAAAGCUCACCUCCACAAUAAGGAUUUGAGACUGGAAAAUAUACAGGACAGACACUUUAUGCUUCAGAUCGCCUUGAAGUGCGCUGACAUUUGCAAUCCUUGUCGAAUCUGGGAGAUGAGCAAGCAGUGGAGUGAAAGAGUCUGCGAAGAAUUCUACAGGCAAGGUGACCUUGAACAGAAGUUUGAACUGGAAAUCAGUCCUCUUUGUAAUCAACAGAAAGAUUCAAUCCCUAGCAUACAAAUUGGUUUCAUGACUUACAUCGUGGAGCCACUGUUCCGGGAGUGGGCCCGGUUCACUGGGAACAGCACCCUGUCGGAGAGCAUGCUAAACCAUCUCGCGCACAACAAAGCCCAGUGGAAGAGCCUGCUGUCCAAUCAGCACAGACGCAGGGGCAGCGGCCAGGACCCAGCGGGCACGGCGCCUGAGACCCUGGAGCAGACAGAAGGCGCCACGCCCUAAGGUAGCGGUCCCCCGGAGCACGGCCAUCUGUCCGUCCACAGGAGCACGGCCAACCGUCCAACUGCCCUCGCAACAAGCCCACCGCGCUGGGUUUCGAAAUGCCACCUGCCUGCCAUUUACCACCUCCCUUCGUUGAUCCAAGUGUACAAAAGCCAUCGUCACCUCAGCAUUAGCUGCCGAAAUGGGCAGCUCUAUCCUGUCAUUUGGAGCUGAUUAUUCUGGGGCGUCUGCCCCCACCGAAAAGACUGGAAGUAAGAAAGGGGUGCCUCUGCCGUGCCCGCCUCUGGCCCUUGGUCAGGCUGACUGGCAGUGACUCCAGUCCAGAGCAUUUUAGAGCUCACCCUUGGACGGCUGACCUGCAUGACACCAGCAUACUUAGAACUCCAAGAUUGGUCUUACGUGCCAGAGCACAAACGAAGAGUGUGAGAGAAAGUACCUUCUAUUUUAAUAAUAAUUAUUAUUAUAAAAUAAUAAAUCUUUUUAACUUUUAUACUUCGUGCGCCAGACAUGGGUCUAAAACUUUGGACUAAGAAUACUCAGCGUACCCAAGCCUAAGAGGGGGUUCCUUUUGCUAUUGACUCUGCCACAUUGGGUCAGAGAUGUGGCACGUUUUCGGUUUAGGAAACCGAGCGUCCCCCCCCAUCUGGUGGAAGGUGCUGUACAGCUCGUCCCUUUGCACCGCUAGCCAAUCUGUCUUUUACGGAUUCCGUGACCUGUUUAUAUCCACAAGUGUACAUUCUCUGUAAAUACCGAACGCUACUGAUUCCCAUGCCAAAAUACACGAGUAUUAUGGGAUUGCUACCUGUAUACACGACGGCACUGUGAACAGAAUACUGUUAGUUUUCAUACAAGAGAAUGCAUUUGUAAAUAUGGUAUAGAGUUUAUUAAUAUACUGUUGUUUGCAGAUAAAGGCCUUAACUUUAAACAUUUUUCUCCUCUUCCCAAAGCCACCCAACCUAAAUCCUUACAGAUGUCUUUCUGAACUGUCCGCCCCCGAUGACUAUCUCUGCUUUCCUGCUGCGGCCACAAGCCAAAACUGAGUACCAUCUUGAAGGAUACUUUUUUUUUUUUUUUUUUUUUUGGAAACCUCUCAUGCAUGGAGACCAUAGUUUUUAAUCUAUGGCACCAAUAUGGUUUCCUCAGGCUAAUGAUACCCUUCCAGCAAGAUGUAAGUCAUGUUCCAGUGCAGCAAUGUUGCACACAGUUCUAGCAACCUGGCUGGUAGGUGUGUGUUUACGUGACUCCCGUUAUGGAACACGGGGCACAUCAGCCUCUCGGAAGACAUAGCGGGUCUCAAAAGCCUCGUACAACCCUGUCACCUAGCCAUCAGAGAACUCCCUGCCCCCACGCCAUGCAUUUGUCUGGUAUGGCUACAAUACCAAAGUCCCUUUGGUCCGUGGUCGGUUUGGUUGGUGUGCGUUUCUUUGGUGUUGAUAGUAACUGGAUUAUUUCCUUUUUUUUUUCCUAUAGUUUCAUGUGAAUGACUGCCCAACUGUUUAGCUGAAUUUAAUAUUAUUUAAGUAAAGAAACCGUUUCAGUGCUGUAAGAGAUGUUAGCUUUCUAGCAGGUUCGUUAUGGCUGCAGCUAGCUGAGUCGGCUUGGAAUUGCUGCCAUCCGGCUGCAGAUACUUGGCUUGUAAAAUGCAGCGUGGACAGCGUUCUUACUCAGCCCAACUGUGCAUUGAGCCUUUUCUUUAUGAGUGAUUGAUGUUAUAUGGAAACUACCAAUGCUCCUCUCUCUACCUUAACGUGUAGUGGGAGAGGAAGCAUCUUUGCUAUCUCAAGCUGAGGGCGACAGCCAGCUCUUACUUCCUAAGUGUAACUAAUGUGGGGCUCUCUGUGUCUCCUAAUAACACAAGUGAAACGUUAAAAACUUGCCUGGCCUGGAAUAGGUUCCUACAGAGAGAUCGGGGCUUACAGAGCUAAGGUCGUGGAGGGGAUAGGAACGUUGAUUCUGUUUUCACUAGUACAAGCAAGAUUGUCAGAUGGGACUAAGGAAACUCUGAAGAAUUUGUGAAGUGGGUAGAUGGCGCUGACGUCACUGAUAUGGGUGAGAAGGGGAGUUGGGGACACUGACUUCUGUUUUCUGAAGCAGCUAUGGGCUGACGUACAUUUCUUCAUUGCUAUGAUAUUCUGAAGCUCUGAGCUUGAGCAAGGCCUCAACUGAGAAUACAGCGGAUAGAGUUCCACUUUUAAAACCUCUCUUCUUUCGGAUUGUAGCCGUCUGUUCUUAUGCAUCUGAGAUGGAAACAAGGAGACCAAUGGCUCAGGAUGACAAAAUAGAGACAGUAAAGAAAACAUUGUUUUUAGCCAAUGAAGUCUCCACCUGGAGAUUAGGAAGUAGAUUCUGCUUAAGUUAUAAUUACAUUGUAAUUGAAUUAGGAUAAGGGGGAAGGUUUUCAGCAUGUUGCUAUUGAGUCUUAAAGAGGAGUCAAGAAAUAAAAACUACCAAACAUCCAAUGGCUAAAACACUAGUACAAUGAAAAUCAGAAAUGGAGCCUGACACAUGAGGUAGACAGAUCUGCAUUUUUCUACCGUCUAGAAACUUCUUAGCUCCUCAUUUGUUGAGAAAGACUUAACUGUGAAAGCUCUUCUUCUUUGCCUGCUAAUGGCUCUCUUGGAAUAAUUUAAUACGAGUUAUCCAAUUAGAAGUGGAGACAUGGCCCCUGACCAUGUCAAUAUGUUUUAAAGUUUUUAAAGUCUUAGUCUGCUAGCCCACCUCGCUGGGGGCUCAUCAACUGGUGGCUUAGAAAGGAAGGAUUCAAAGAAUUACUUUCUUAGUAAGACAUCAAGAUCUGAGAGAGAGAGAGAGAGAGAGAGAGAGAGAGAGAGAGAGAGAGAGGGGAACAUGAAUACAUCAUUGCCAGACCUGAUGAUCAAAGCUGACUUUUCUUUGCAGUUGUCCAAUCCACAGUCAGACCUGAUGCCUGAAACCUGCCAACCCCUACUUCUCUGCUGUUAGGUUAAGUAACAACUAGUUGUUUCUCCCCCUCCCUGCUUACAGCUUCCCUCACAGGGCCUUAGAGCUCAUCCGCAACCUGCCUUCAAAUAGUCCUUCCUGCAAAACACAGAGCUGUGUGGCCCUUCGUGUUGAGUCAGAUACGCUCACUGACAGUGACUUGGCUAUGAGCUUGUAUUCCUCGUGCUUUGCUCUUUGAAGACUGUAAAAUUGUGUCCUCUUGUGUACACAUGUAAAGUUUGGGGGGGGGGGAACCUUGUGAGUUUUGCUCAAAAUGUGGCCUAAAUAUUCAUUGGCAUGUCUAUCCAGAUGAACAUUUAAAAAUAAAGAUAAUUUCUUUAAAAUAUCA